AUGGUGACCCGGUUCCGAGUGGUGUUUGUUGCCGGGCGUCUGGGCGGCGAGGCUGUGGCCGGCUGGGGCGUCACCUGCUGCGGCCCGCCGCCGGCCGGCGCCGAGCUCUUCCUCAUGGGGUACCUGACAGGGUCGCAGCGGUCGCCCGGCGACCAGGAGUACACGCGGCCCGGCCGCGCCAUCUCUGGCGCCAUGAACCUGGCGCUGCACGAGAUCCGGCAGCAGCGGCCCCUCGUGCACGGUCAUCAGCUGGACUUCGUGGUGGCCGAGACGUACGGCAGGGAGAGCGAGAGCCUGCGCCAGGUGGUGCGCCUGUGGAACAGGAACGUGUCGGCCUACAUCGGUCCUCAGGAGACCUGCGUCCACGAGGGCAGACUGGCGGCCAGUCUCAACCUGCCCAUGAUCUCAUACUUUUGCACCAACUUCGAGACGUCGGACAAGAAACUGUUUCCGACGUUCGCGCGCACCCGACCGCCUGACACUCAGAUCUCCAAGUCGGUGUUGUCGCUGCUGCUGCGGUACAGCUGGAUGAAGGUCGCCUUCCUGUAUAAGGACUCGCCAGAGUCCGAGCUCGGCGCCAUCGGCGAGACGAUCGUCUCUGUGCUGCGGCGCGGCGGCGUGUCGCUCCGCCACGUGGUCACGUGGAACCAGACCUUCCACGUGGGGUACAUGGACAACCCGUUCACGGACAUCCUGCGCCGCACCAAGGAUGACGUCAGGAUUUACGUGGUUCUCGGGGAGUACUACGAACACCGGGCCGUUCUUAUGACGCUGCAGGAGCAGAACUUACUUCAAACCGGGGAGUACUUUGUGGUCGGUGUGGACAUCCAGCGGUAUCAGAACGCCACCCCGCAGAAGUACCUGCGCACGCUGUUCAGAGAGGAAAGCCCCACCGACCCGAGGGCAGAGCAAGCCUUCAAAUACUACGUCGGCGUGAUCGGGUCACCCACUAUCGGGUUCGAGGUGCUGACCAGGCUAGUCAACGACUUCAUGGAGCUGCCGCCCUUCAAUUACACCAACAUCCUGCGGGAGUACGGCGGCAACAUGAAGAUCCGGUCGGAGGCGGCCUACCUGUACGACGCCGUGCACCUGUACGCGUGGUCGCUGAACGAGACGCUGAAGAUGGGCGGCGACCCCCGUAAUGGCACGGCCGUCAUUGCGCGGCUGCUGGGCAGGUCCUACUUCAGCGCCAUGGGAUACAUGGUGUACAUGGACGCGCACGGCGACACGGAGGGCAACUACACGCUGAUCCAGCGGCGCCGGGUGGGCGGCGCCGUUGGCCUGCACCCGGCCGGCGUCUUCCAGCUCAGAGGCAACGGGACUGACCUGCCGGAGCUGGUGAUCGGGACUCCGAUCCGCUGGCCGCACGGCCAGCCGCCCAUCGACGAGCCGCCGUGCGGCUUCCGGGGCGAGUACUGCAUCUCCUACACUACAGAGAUCGCCUCGGGGAUAGUGGGUGGCAUCGUGCUGGUGCUGAUCAUCAUCGGACUCGUCUUCUACCGGAACUGGCAGUACGAGCAGGAGCUGGACAGCUUGCUGUGGAAGAUCGACUACAAGGAGAUCCAGAUGAGCGACGGAAUGUCAGACACUAAGCCGCUGCUUGGUGACAGCUUCUCCUCCAAGAUGGUGCUCCGCUCAUCCCAGGUGAGCCUCAGCUCCAACUGCGAGAUGGACUUCCGCUACUCGGCGCUGUACACGACGGUCGGCAUAUACAAGGGCCGCAUGGUGGCCAUCAAGGACAUCAAGCGGAAGACGAUCGACAUCACCCGGCGCAUGAAGAAGGAGCUCAAGAAGAUGCGGGACCUGCGCCACGACAACCUUAACCCGUUCGUCGGCGCGUGCGUUGACCCACCGCACCUUUGCACAGUCUCCGACUACUGCACACGCGGCAGUCUCAGGGACAUUUUGGAGAACUCAAAUGUGAAGCUCGACAACAUGUUCAUAGCGUCCAUGGUGUUCGACAUAGUCAGGGGCAUGGGUUUCCUACAUGACUCGCCCAUCCGCGUCCACGGCAACCUCAAGACCACCAACUGCCUGGUGGACAGCCGGUGGGUGGUCAAGGUGGCCGACUUUGGCCUCGGGGAGAUCAUGAACAGGGCGGAGGAGCACCUGGAAACGGAGAAGGAUGUGCGGCAAAAGUGUGAAGACCUGCUGUUCAAGGCGCCGGAAGUGCUGCGCUCCAGCGGCGUGGAGACGGGCUCGCAGCGGGCUGACGUGUACAGCUUCGCCAUGGUGCUGUACGAGAUCCAUAGCCGCAGUCCGCCCUUCAGCGGCAUGGGGCUUGGCCCGCUGGAGCUGCUGCAGAGCGUCAUCAAGCGCAGCAGCAACAACAACCCCGUCUUCAGGCCUCCAAUCCACAUGCUGGAGACCUGCUUCGACUGCGUGCGGAUCGUGCUCAGCGAAUGUUGGGCGGAGGAGCCUGAGAACCGACCCGACUUCAAGUCCAUACGGAACAAGCUCAGGCCAAUGCGGAAAGGAAUGAAGCCACACAUUUUCGACAACAUGAUCUCGAUGAUGGAGAAGUACACCAACAACCUGGAGGUGCUGGUGGACGAGCGCACCAACCAGCUCAUUGUUGAGAAGAAGAAAACGGAGGCGCUGCUGCACGAGAUGCUGCCGCGGUACGUGGCUGACCAGCUGAAGCGAGGCAACAGCGUGCAGGCCGAGAGCUUCGACAGCGUCACCAUCUACUUCAGCGACAUCGUGGGCUUCACGUCCAUGUCGGCGGAGAGCACGCCUCUUCAGGUGGUGGAUUUCUUGAAUGAUCUCUACACGUGUUUCGAUUCCAUCAUCGAUAACUACGACGUGUACAAAGUGGAAACCAUCGGUGAUGCCUACAUGGUGGUGAGCGGUCUGCCGGUGCGGAACGGUCUGCAGCACGCGGGCGAGGUGGCCUCGAUGUCGCUCCACUUGCUGGAGGCCAUCCGACGCUUCACCAUCCGGCACCGGCCGCAGGACACGCUCAUGCUCAGGAUCGGCAUACAUACCGUAUUUUAA